AUGGUGGCCGCCAUCCAAAGCAAAUUUCUAACCGGACUCAUUGUCCGUAAGGACUACGAGUACAAAAGAAAGCUCGGGUCAGGUGCCGAUGGAGUCGUCAAGCACUACACCCACAAACGAUUGCCAAACACCACAAUAGCAGUCAAGACGCCUAGUGAAAGGGGCCGAAUUCCGAUGCAGAUGGAGCUUUCAAUAAUGCGGAAAAUAGGCAAGUCGCCAUACAUAGUCGAAAUGCUAGGGUACGACGAAAACUGGGGUCCCGCUAUCUUCUACGAGUACUGUGCACUUGGAGAUGCAUUUUCAUACCCACAGCAGCUUCGCCAGUUAUAUGGAGUGGUACCGGAGGAGACGAUCUGGAAGUUCUUCUCCGACGUCGCGAAGGGGCUGGACUACCUUCACAACGCCCUCGGUGAUAGUAUGGUCCACGGGGACCUCAAGUGCGAAAACGUGCUCGUGUCGUACCCGUGGGCAAUGCCGCCCAACCUACCGGUCCUGCCGACCUUCAAGAUCGCGGAUUUGUCACGCACGGCGGCCCAGUCUGGAAAAUCAGGGGCGCCGCUUGUGUUCCACGGGACGUACGAGUACGGUCCACCU